AUGCUUGUCACGGUGUCACCAUGCCCCACUUGUAACAUUGCUGGAAUAACGGUGACAGCUCCAGACGGCGACCUAGAUUUCGCGAUCCAACAGGACCCAGGAGAAGACGGAUGUACCUACACUACUGUCACGUGUCGAAACAGAGAUGACACCAGUUGCGCGGAGAUCUCUAUAUCUGCAACAGGUGCAUCGGGCAUGUCUUCUAUUGGUAGCGCCGCGGAUGCUUCAGAAACUCAGUCGGUGCUCACUUGUAACAGUGAUGGGACAUGGUCUAGCGGUACUGUGACAGGUAUCACCGAGGCAGAAACCAUUGCUGGAGGACCCGAACAAGUGAUAGGGGAACAGAUGAACCUAUUUUAUGCCGAAGCAGAUAUUACGUGUGGCAACGCUGGAAUGUUUUUCUUUGGCACAGUAAUAUUGGGAAAAAGUCGUUGCAGAACUCAACUUGCAAUUGAUAAGGGAGUUGCGCCGAGUGAGAUGUUUGGAACGCCUCUUCUCACUGAUGAGCAAAUAGCCCCCAGUGAGAUGAUUGGAACUCUCCCAACGGAACGUCAAAUUGUGAGUGAAGCUGUGCCUGCUGAUGAAGAUUUCCUCCCGACAGAGUUUCCCAAAGAUUUUAUUGAUAACAUUUUCAAUUGA